CCCAGGCAGAGGCGGCAGUGACGCCAGGAAGGACUCUGCCCUUCUGGCAUCCGCGGGGCGUGCCCGGCCCGUUUCCCUUUCGAGCGGACCGGCAGCGCGGUGGCGGCAGCAGCGGGACAGGGGCGAGGGUGCCUCUGCACACCCCACACCUCCCCGCUCCGCUGGGCCCUGCGCUGAGCCAGACCAGCUGCACCGUCGUGUCCUGACCGAAGGCUCCUGGGAUGGCGUGUGGCAAGCGGGACCCCGAGCCUGGCGACCUGAUCGAGAUCAAGCGACCACUUUACCAGCACUGGGCCCUCUACUUGGGGGAUGGGUAUGUCAUCCACCUGACGUCUGCAGAUGAAGGGAUGCGAUGCCUGUCAGCCAGUAGUGACGCAACAUUGAGCAAAAAGGCCAAGGUGAAGAAGCAGCUCCUGAAGGAGGUGGUGGGAACUGAUGACUGGGAGGUCAACAACAAGUAUGACCGCUCCCGCACUCCCCUCCCAGUGAAGGAGAUCAUCAAGCGUGCUGAGAGCUACGUUGGCAAGGAGAUGACCUAUAAUGUGCUCUGUGAAAACUGUGAGCACUUUGUGACAAUGCUCCGCUAUGGUGAGGGGGUCUCUGACCAGGCCAGUAUUGGAAUUCAAGAGAUGAUGGAUUUCAGUCGUGAAGUGUUCACUUAUCUAUUUGUCGGUGGUGCAGCUCUGGUUUUGACUAGUAUUGGUGUUAGUCCUGUUGCUGCUAUUGUUGCUGCUACUGUUGGUGCUACUGCUGUUACUGGUUUCCUUAAGCUGUUUUUAAGGUCUUCUUCUAGACAGUCCUGGAAUGAGAAAAAGAGCAACUGAUGGGCCAUUUGUAGGACCUCCAGGCAAGGCAGAGAGCCCCUGGCUAUGGGUGGUCAUUGCCCAGUAUUUGCCAAAGACUUUAGUUUUUGGCAAACUGAUACCAAAGACUACCAGCAACUUUGCUGCCCUUCCUGAGAUAAUUAAUAAUUACAGGAAAAUCUAAACAAACAAACUCAUGUUGACCUAAAUUCCUCUUCUAUCUGAGUAUAGUUUUGUGUGCAAGUGCAACAAUUCAGCCUUGCUUCUCUCUUCCAUUCCAUUAAGAAAUAACAAGUCAAGAGCGGAAGGUGAAUACCAGCAGCACUAGCCUGGUUGCCACAUUUGCUUUUAUUUCAAUGCCUGCGAUGAUUUUUGUGGCAAUCUGGGAGCACCUGAAAGCAAAUUAUCCCUUCCUUCCCUCCGUCUUGCCUCCAGUGUUUUGCUGAGGACUGGUGCAGGCUUUCUAUCCAACCAUCCUGUUUUUAUCAGCUGAAUCCUGUGGUCUGUUCCUGUGAAUAUCUGAUUUUAACGUUUCCUUUCCGAAAAAGUAAAAUAAAAGUAUUGCUUAGGGUUUACUAUGUGUCCUCCACCUGAGGGCUAGUUCCCAGGCCUGCAAAAGGGCAGACAAGGUAUGUGCAGUGUCUUGGAGCCUGUGCUGCCUGCGGGAUCUAAAGUGAGCAGCUCCUGGGAGGGUGGAGGUACGAAGGAAGGGCAGGUAAUGUAGGCUGUAUCCCUCAGUGUUUUCAAGUAGUGAUCUGAUUUGGACAGGAUGGUGUUCUGUUCAUUUUUUCCCUGCCUGGAAAGUACCCCUUUCCCUGGCUCCUCUGACUCCCUUUGGGAGCAACAGACCCCCAAAUCUGGGGAGGUCUGACAAAAAAACCCAGUUGGCUCCUUCUCAGACAGCUGUUUGUUCCACUGUGACAUCACACUUUCCCUCUUCACCUCUAUAAGCUCAGUGAUUGUUGGCAUUAGGCCUGAGCAAGCUUACUAGAUGAUUUUUAAGGACACUUCCAACCAACCCAUUCUAUGGUUCUACUCUUUGGGCUGCCAAAACACUGGAGCUUAGAGAAAGACCACUGGAGAUGGCAAGGGCAGCCAGGACCCUUUGUCCCCCAGAGCUGGAACCAUUGUCUCUUCAGUGACCACAAGUGGGUUUUAAGCAGUUCAUAGUCAGCACAUCAAUCUUUUCCCCACCCAGCAGAAAGGCAAAGCUGGGAUCCCUGGGGGUGAUGUCUGUGGAGAAUGAGCUGUGAGGCACCUAUUGCUCAUCUCCCAAUGUCCUGAGCCCUGCUGUUUCCUUGUCACAAAGCUGAUGUGUGGAUUGUCUGAGAAUAAAACUCUUUUGGGAAAGUCUAGUUUAUUGCUCUUUACUUGGAGUAUCUGGCCUAAGUGUUUGGAAGCCUGUGACCUGUAAGGAGAGAUGAGAGCAAAACAGCUGUCUCUAAGAGGCUUGCUGGUUUUAUCUGCUCUUCACAUCUUCUCGAGGUUUAAUCCCAGCCAGCAACUAAGGACCAGAGAGCCACUCGCUCACUCCUCUACCAGAAGAACUGGGGAGAGAACCAGAAGAGCUGAAAUGAAAAAAUUUAUGGGUUGAAACAAACAUGGCUCAGGAACUAAAUCAAAAGCCACGCACACAAGCAAAGCAAAGCAAUUUUGAAAUAA